AUGGUACAACAAGCAGCUGGUCUCCCAACACUGACCCCUGCAACAUCAACACCACUGACCUCUGCAACAUUAACACCACUGACCCCUUUAAAAUCUACCAUAUUCAUUCCUAAAUUUAGACACAGUCUUGCUGGAUGUCCAGCUCUCGUACCAUGCGAUUGUCUGAAUCAAACCAUAGACUGUGGAUCCAGACGACUUGUCUUGGCACCUCAAUUCCACCAACAUGAUCUACCAUUCGACAAACUAAAACUCAACAACAAUCAUAUAACUACAGUCACCAAUCUGACCUUCAGAGGGUUAAAGGUCACAGAGAUUAACCUCUCAUUCAACAGAAUCAGCACCAUCGAUGACGAUGUGUUUAGUGGACUGGAAACAACUCUCCGAGUUCUUAAUCUCGAGUUCAACCAUCUUACUAGUCUUCCUAAAACUGUUUUUACUUUACAGAAUAUGGAAGAACUGGACAUCAGUCAUAACAGAAUCCUCUCCGCUGAUCAAGUGGAUGGCCAGUUUCUUUUAAUGAAGAAGUUUAUGGCAAGUGGCAACCUGCUAACCCAGUGGCCAAAUUGGCUGAAUCGGUUACCAUUUCUGGAAGAACUAGAUCUGGGCUAUAAUCCUAUUUCUACUUUUCCCGAUAAUUUGUCUGAUCUACAAUGGACACUUCACAGAGUCACCCUGGACAACUGUCAAUUUCACAAAAUUCCCCAACAGCUGAGCCAGUUGCACAGACUUGAAUUUCUGGACUUCUCGUUUAACCCAAUAGGAGACAAAGGAAUCUGGUAUGACUCCUUCCAUGGACAAUCUGGAUCACUGAAGGAACUUUUGUUGCAAAGUGUCAACAUAACAGCUGUACCCAAAGCCCUGGGUUCCCUCUCAUCCCUAAACAAACUCGAUAUCUCGGAUAAUAAUUUGGGUUUUAUCAGAGAAGACAUUCUUCCAGGACAACUAACAGAAGUGAUCAUGAAAAGCUGUGGACUUCAUAGAAUUCCUGCAACAUUAUCGGAUCUGAAGAAUCUGAAGAGUCUUGAAUUAGCCAAUAAUCACAUCCAGUCGAUUGAGAAUCAUGAUCUACAAGGAUUGUCGAAUCUGAUAAACUUGGACUUAAGUUCCAACAACAUGCAGCACGUCUCACCCCGGGCAGCUGUAAACCUGACCAGAAUUCAGAACUUCUGGCUGUUUGACAACAAAUUAACAGAACUUCCAGCAGUUGUCCAGGAAUUCCAAACCCUAAAAGAGCUGAACCUGGAGGCCAAUCCCUUACAAUGUACCUGUAGGGAUGGUUGGCCUGCCGUAUGGAUCACCCGACACCCUUCAGUCCAAGUUAAAGGCUACUGUGAAAAUCUUGGUGGUUUGGAUGCUCUGAAGUUCAUCAGUAAUUAUAACCAUUAUUGUGCUGUGUAAGACCAUGCAAUGAUCCCUACACCAUAAUGGCUAACCACCACUCAACAGAACAGAAAUCUCUACAUGUGCCAGA